CGCGUUUUUGCUGAGAGGGCUGGGAGCACGUGUACCGGCUGACGCUGUAUUUCAUCAUUGCCUGCUAAGAUGGCGGUGAAGGAAUUGGUCGCACUGGAGAAGUGUUUGGGCUUGAAUAGUGGGAAAUACAGUAGUCGGGCCCAAGGAGCUGGCAAGAUUCCAGUCCUUCAGACAAAUAAAGGUCCCAGCCUGGUGGGACUUUCCACUAUCGCCUCUCAUUUAGUGAAAGAAGCUAAAAAAGAAGAACUCCUGGGAUCCACUGCAGAAGAGAAAGCAAUAGUUCAACAAUGGUUGGAGUACCGCAUCUCAUACAUAGACAGAGCAUCAUCUAAGGAAGAUAUCCGUAAUGUACUGAAUGAUCUUAAUCAUUAUCUUAAGGACAAGGUGUUUGUUGCUGGAAAUACAGUCACAUUGGCAGACAUCCUAAUUUAUUACGGCCUUCAUCCUGUAAUAACUGGCUUAUCAGUUCAGGAGAAGGAAACCUAUAUAAAUGUGUCUCGGUGGUUUAGCCACAUCCAGAAUUAUCCAGGAAUAAGACAGCACCUCCCUAGCUUGGUCUUUAUUAAAAAUCGGAUCUACGCCAGUAAUCACUAAGUGUUUCUUUCACAUACUAAAACUCUGGUGGCCCCUAUUUCUUUUUUUCUGAAAUUGUCCACUUUUGUUGGUUGUUACAGUUGCUAAACCUUUACUUGUAUAUCUAAAAUAUAAUGCUUGAAUAUAAUGAAAAGUUCAAACCAUAGAUUUUAAUUUAUUUUAAAAUGUUUUACAUGCACAAAACUUAUCACCAGGUGCUUUAUGGCAAAUGUUUUAUUAAGAAAAUAAAUCAUAAUUCAGUACAGCAGAGUUUGUUUCCUCCUCUUCCACUCCAUGUAUUUCAUAUCCUUGUGUACCCUUGGUUGUGUUUUUGCUAAUAAAGUGCUUUACUACUUCUCGGUGUCAAGAGUAUCCAGAUAUAUUUGUCAGACUAUUCAUAAUUAAAAUGUGAUUAAAUACUUAUUCAUAUUUUA